AUGCUACAGAGAGUUACUCCGCCCCUAAUUCUACGGCAGCAUUUUCUUUUCUUAACGAGUUAACGGUCAUCGGAAAAGAGGCGGAAAGAAGGAAGGGGAAGCUGAAAUGGCGGAGAAAUCAGUGCAAUAUUCUCUGAUUCUCUCAUUUGGUUCUUCUCAGUUUCUUCUUCCUUCUAUCUUGACCGUCGAUUUCUCUGUCAGAUCGAUGCAUUCACCCAAUCUCCCUUCAAGGGGAACCCGGCCGCUGUCUGCCUCUUGGAAGAAGAGAGAGACGAUGUGUGGAUGCGAUCGGUUGCACUGGAAUUCAAUGUAGCAGUUACCGCUUUCCUGACACGGAUUACCCCAGCCGUUGAUUCGGAGAACCAUGAUCGGAAUCAGAGAUUCGGUCUCAGAUGGUUCACUCUGGGUACAGAGGUCAAAAUAUGUGGCCACGGAACCUUAGCAGCUGCACAUUUUCUUUUUACAUCUGGAUUAGCAACAACCAACACAAUUGAGUUUCUCACAAAAUCUGGACUUCUGACUGCCAAAAGAGUCGAUGGAUUUAAGCAACCGGGUACCUUGUCUUCUCUGAAUGAGAAUGUAGAAGAAUGCUUCUCCAUUGAAUUGGAUUUUCCUACAAUCCCAUUGAUUGAAUGCGAUCCUGAAGAGCACCCAUCCAUUCCUAGGACACUGAAUGGUGUUCCAAUGAUCAAUAUAAAGAAAGCGCCUAUUCUUAACGACCUUGUUGUGGAGCUCUCAUCAGGGAAGGAUGUGGCAGAACUACAACCACAGUUCGACGAGCUACAAGAAUGUGCUGGAAGAGGGGUUAUCGUAACAGGGCUUGCUCCCCCUAGAUCUGGAUUUGAUUUUUUCACCCGCUUCUUCUGUCCAAAGUUGGGUGUCAAUGAGGAUGCUGUUUGCGGGAGUGCACAUUGUGCCUUAGCACCUUACUGGAGCAAGAAAUUGGGAAAACAUGACCUUAUUGCAUACAUGGCAUCUGCAAGAGGUGGAAGAUUGGAUCUGCAUCUAGAAGAGACUACCCAGCGGGUACACAUUCGAGGCGAAGCUGUUACUAUUAUGUCAGGUCUGAUUUUGGUUUAGUUUUCGGGAGGCUUGCUAUCCAAUUUGUGGGUAGCAUUCCCACUCGAGUAUGAUUAUUUGUUUAAUCAUAGGAAUCUAUUCAAGUGCGCCUUAAUGAUAAACUGAUGUGUUGCUGUAUGCAUAGUUAUUUGCAACUAUCCAUGGUAAUUGCUAUGCAUAAAUAGCAUAUGAACAUAUAUUCAAGGGCAUGCAUAGCCCUUUGUAGCUAAAGAGUAUGUGUGAUAACUUGUACUAUGUACCAUAUGAUUUGAUGGGUUUGAUAUGCUUCUCAAGUGGGUUCUUUUGCUUGUUGGACAUGUAAACAUUAGGAUAAUUUUUAUUUUUGGAUUGGACCUCUCUUUUUUAA